CAACGUGUUGUGUCAACUCAUAGUACCGCUUCCUUGUUUCCAGUAUGGCUAACCGCAUGUCGCUUUUAUUUAGAAAAUAAUUUUAUGUGAUUCAAUAGUUAAUGUGCUAUUUCGUGUUAAGAUACGUUCAGUGUUUAACACGUCAACGUUCGCGAUGGGUUUACUGACGAUCUUGAAGAAGAUGAAGCACAAGGAGCGCGAAAUGCGUCUAUUGAUGCUAGGUCUUGACAAUGCUGGAAAAACUACCAUCCUGAAGAAGUUUAACGGCGAAGAUGUCAGCACGAUCUCUCCAACAUUAGGCUUCAACAUAAAGACACUCGAGCAUAGAGGGUUUAAGCUGAAUAUCUGGGAUGUGGGUGGCCAGAAGUCACUAAGAUCAUACUGGAGGAAUUAUUUUGAGAGUACAGAUGGACUGUUGUGGGUAGUGGACAGCGCUGACAGAUUAAGACUUGAGGACUGCAGGAAAGAGCUGAGUGCUUUAUUACUAGAAGAGCGAUUAGCAGGAGCUACUCUGUUAGUUUUUGCCAACAAACAGGAUCUACCUGGUGCUUUAUCAAAAGAUGCCAUUCGAGAGGUUUUAGCCCUUGAUGACAUUAAGACCCAUCACUGGUGCAUAGUUGGAUGCAGUGCUGUUACAGGAGAGAACCUGCUAACAGGUGUGGACUGGCUACUUGAUGAUAUAGCAGCUCGGAUCUUUACAGCUGACUGAAUGUUUGCACGCUUUUGAGAUGGACAAUAAACAAUCUUAUUGGACUGAA